AUGCCUGCCGUUAAUAGCUCUCCAGUUUCCGGCCAAACUGUUUGUGUUACCGGCGCCGGUGGCUUCAUUGCUUCCUGGAUUGUUAAGCUUCUACUCAAAAAAGGAUACACUGUCAAAGGGACUGUCAGGAAUCCUGAUGACCCGAAGAAUGAUCAUUUGAGGGAGCUUGAAGGAGCAAAAGAAAGAUUGAUUCUAUGCAGAGCUGAUCUUCUUGAUUAUGAAGGUCUUAAGGAAGCCAUUCGUGGCUGUGAUGGUGUUUUCCAUACUGCUUCGCCUGUGAGCGUGUCCGACGUUCCGGAUAAUGUGGAGCCGGCGGUGGUUGGAACAAAAAACGUGAUUUAUGCAGCCGCCGAGGCUAAAGUCCGGCGCCUGGUGUUCACGUCGACGAUUGGUGCUGUUUACAUGAACCCCAAUCGGAGCCCUGAUGUCAUUGUGGACGAGUCCUGUUGGAGUGAUCUUGACUAUUGCAAGGACACUAAGAACUGGUAUUGCUAUGGAAAAACUGUGGCAGAGCAGGUGGCGUGGGAGGAAACUAAGAAGAGAGGGGUGGAUUUGGUGGUGGUGAAUCCAUCUCUGGUGCUUGGACCGCUGUUGCAACCAACAAUCAAUGCUAGCAUUAUUCACAUUCUCAAGUAUUUAACUGGCUCCGCAAAGACUUAUGCUAAUUCUGUUCAGGCAUAUGUUCACGUUAAGGAUGUGGCACUUGCCCACAUUCUUGUUUACGAGACUCCGGCCGCCUCUGGCCGAUACCUCUGUGCGGAAAGCAUCCUCCACCGUGGCGAAGUGGUGGAGAUUCUGGCCAAGUUCUUCCCUGAAUAUCCCACCCCCACCAAAUGUUCAGAUGAGAAGAACCCAAGAGUAAAGCCCUACAAGUUCUCAAACAAAAAGCUGAAGGAUUUAGGAUUGGAGUUUACCCCGGCGAAACAAUGCCUAUACGACGCCGUUAAGAGCCUCCAAGAGAAGGGUCACCUACCUAUCCCUCCAAGAGAUUAGAAAAGGAUUCUGAAAUGGACAAUCAUCAACUAUGAAAAUAACUAAAAAGGAUUCAAGAAAUCAGCAUUAACAUAAAAGUAUUAAAUUUAAUGGUUUAUACUUCCAUAUUGGAAAAUAGAAUAUGUCUUAUAAUUUUGAAAUUAAUCUUCAAGAAUGUGAAGUUGGAAAAGUUUUACUUUCGUGUAAUAAAUUAUAUGUCUAAUCA